AUGACUGAACAACCUCCUGUUGCCAAUUUGACGUUUGUGAAUGGAAGAAGCCGCCGAAUGGCCGAAGGUAUAUAUAUCGAUGAGAAUGAUACAACCAUAUCCCGUCGUCAUCUGGUCCUUCGCUGCGUACAAUUCGAUGAGGAUGCUGCCACCUGGAAUGUCGCUCCAAUGGUCUAUGCUGAGGACCUUUCCAUGAAUGGGACCAUACUUGUCCGCGAAGGUCCCGAUGAAGAUAGCUCUACUGUCAGGCUCGAUCAUCAACUCACCAAGUCAAUGGGUCCCGUGCUUCUGCAAGACGGCGAUUGUCUCUACUUCUCGAAAUCAACUUUUGUGCAGUACAAAGAGACCACUCCCGAGAAUGAGCACAAAAUGUCAUUCAUCAUGAGUUGUGAAGUCAAGCGUCUUGAUGACGAGUUUGAUAUAUCCUCUCGGCUGAUCGGUGCUGGCGGUCAAGGUAAGGUCUUCAUCGCUUGGGACCGCAAAGCCGGUCAACAAUUAGCAUGCAAAGCUGUCUCUCUGGCUGGUGUGAAGCUUGAUCACGACAAAGGUGCUCCUAAGCAAGCCUCAACGCAAGCUACUGCGAAUCAUGGAUCCAAACUGCAACCAACAAAGCUUCUCCGCAAGAUUCACAGACUUGAGGUCGAGUAUGACAUUCUUAAAGACUUGAGCCAUCCAAACAUCAUCGACAUGAGAAAGGUGUUUAUCACUACCCACCACAUAUACAUCAUGCAAGAACUCAUGACUGGCGGCGACCUCUUCUCUUACAUAUUCUAUAAAGGCGGCAUCCUCGGCGACUCGUUGAGUGCUGUCAUCACUCGCCAGCUGCUCAAAGCCGUCGAGUAUCUACACAGUGAAGGCGUUGUCCACCGAGACAUCAAGCCGGAAAACAUCCUCAUGUCAUCUUGGGAAGACGGUAGUCGCGUUGUCCUCACUGAUUUCGGUAUAGCAAAGCGGAUCAGUGCGUCGAGUGCUUCGACCAGCCAGUUUGGUGCAAGGUUCCGCAUGUUCUCGACAUGUGGCACGUUUGGGUUUGCAGCUCCCGAGGUCAACAAGCUCAACCCAACCAUCGCAGGCAACAAAGGCUACAGCAGUGCAAUCGACAUGUGGUCAGUCGGCACAGUGACCGCACUCAUGCUGACAAGCAGCCUUGCUUUCGACCACCGACCCAGCGACGGCGACAUUGGUCCAGUCAAUACACGCUCAUACAGCGCCUACGACCUAUCCGACAUCGACCAAGGCAAGCAGGCUUGGGAAAAUGUGCCAAAGAGAGCUCGUAACUUUGUCACAUCUCUACUCGCCUUGCAAGAAGACAAGCGUCUCACGGCAAAGAAAGCAUUGCAACAUUCUUGGUUCACCAACCACAUCUGUGCUGCAAGUUUCGACGCCGUCUACGAGAAGUCCAUCUGUGAUUGGAAGCCAAGAGCUACGCCUCAGGCAGAUAUAGUGGUCAACAUCGAUACCAGCGACAUCGCAAUUCCCACUCCAAGUGCCUCUCAAAUUAUCCGCCAGCGAUCCGACUCUGCUGUCGUCCAAUCAGAGUUCUUCCAAACAGAUGCAAACGACGAAGACAAUGCCGACCCAAUGGACACAUCUUCGAACCCUGGCCUCCCCACUGAGCAAGAACUAGAUACCACUCCCAUCCUCGCAGCCAGCCCAGCAUCGGCACCUUCUCAACCAUCCUCAGCUCAGCCAUCAUCGUCCAAUCCUGCCUCUAGGACCACGAUCCCACAGUCCUCCACUCCCUCGCCAGUCCUCGACGAUCCGUUCCAACCAUCCUAUCUCCGCCCACCAGAAUCCUCAGAUCCUGAUCAAGACCUUGAUGCCCUGCAACCUUCUGCUCGUCUGAAGAACCUGCAGGCGUCUUCGGAGUUUACGUGGCCUUCUUCACCACCAAACAAACACAUGAAGAGAUUUGCUUCUUUUGAGUUUCCAUGGCCCUCGCAGCCGGCUAAGAUGAGAAGAUGA